CCGGGGCUGCUGCGCCCAUAGCCAGCCGGAGCCGGAGCCUGAACCGCAGCGCCAGCCUGAGCCGUGCAGAGCCGCAGCCCGGGCCGGGGCCGGUGGUGGCUCAUGGACUGCAAGGCCCGCGGCCGGCGCUGCCCCGAGGCGGCCCUCCUGAUUCUGGAGCCUGCCAGGAUGGGAGCCCUGAGGCCCAGGCCAGGCCCUGGGGGGCAACAGUUGCUACUGCCGCCCUUGCUGCUGGCACUGCUACUCCUGCUGGCGCCAUCCCCAGGCCACAGCACUCAGGUGGUGUACAAGGUGCCGGAGGAGCAGCCGCCCAACACCCUCAUUGGGAGCCUCACAGCCGACUACGGUUUUCCAGAUGUGGGCCACCUAUACACACUAGAGAUAGGUGCCCCGUACCUGCGAGUGGAGGGCAGGACAGGCGACAUCUUCACCACUGAGACCUCUAUCGACCGCGAGGGGCUCCGUGAAUGCCAAAACCAGCUCCCUGGUGAGCCCUGCAUCCUGGAGUUCGAGGUGUCUAUCACAGACCUGACGCAGAAUGGCAGUCCCCGGCUACUGGAGGGCCAGAUAGAGGUACAGGACAUCAAUGACAACACACCCAACUUCGCCUCACCGGUCAUCACGCUGCCCAUCCCUGAGAACACCAACAUCGGCUCACUCUUCUCCAUCCCAGUGGCUUCAGACCGUGAUGCUGGCCCCAAUGGCGUGGCAUCCUAUGAGCUGCAGGCCGGGCCUGAAGCCCAGGAGCUCUUUGGGCUGCAGGUGGCAGAGGACCAGGAUGGGAAACAGCCACAGCUCAUUGUGAUGGGCAACCUGGACCGGGAGCGCUGGGACUCCUAUGACCUCACCAUCAAGGUGCAGGAUGGUGGCAGCCCCCCACGUGCCAGCAGUGCCCUGCUGCGGGUCACUGUGCUCGACACCAAUGACAACGCCCCCAAAUUUGAGCAACCCUCCUACGAGGCUGAACUGUCUGAGAACAGCCCAAUAGGGCACUCCGUCAUCCAGGUGAAGGCCAAUGACUCAGACCAAGGUGCCAAUGCAGAGAUCGACUACAUGUUCCACCAGGCGCCCGAAAUAGUGAGGCGUCUCCUGCGCCUGGACAGGAACACUGGACUAAUCACUGUGCAGGGUCCCGUGGACCGUGAGGACCUAAGUACCCUGCGCUUCUCAGUGCUUGCCAAGGACCGAGGCACCAACCCCAAGAGUGCCCGUGCCCAGGUGGUGGUGACUGUGAAGGACAUGAACGACAAUGCCCCCACCAUUGAGAUCCGGGGCAUAGGGCUGGUGACCCACCAAGAUGGGAUGGCCAACAUCUCAGAGGAUGUGGCAGAGGAGACAGCUGUGGCCCUGGUACAGGUAUCUGACCGAGACGAGGGAGAAAAUGCAGCUGUCACCUGUGUGGUGGCAGGUGAUGUGCCCUUCCAGCUCCGCCAGGCCAGUGAGACGGGCAGUGACAGCAAGAAGAAGUACUUUCUGCAAACCACCACCCCACUCGACUACGAGAAGGCCAAAGACUACACCAUUGAGAUCGUGGCCGUGGACUCGGGCAACCCUCCACUCUCUAGCACCAACUCCCUCAAGGUGCAAGUGGUGGAUGUCAAUGACAAUGCACCUGUCUUCACCCAGAGCGUCACUGAGGUCGCCUUCCCAGAAAACAAUACACCGGAUGAAGUGGUGGCUGAGGUCACUGCCAGUGAUGCUGACUCGGGCUCCAAUGCUGAGCUGGUUUACUCCCUGGAGCCUGAGCCGGCCGCCAAGGGCCUCUUCACCAUUUCACCUGAGACUGGAGAGAUCCGGGUGAAGACGUCCCUUGAUCGGGAACAGCGUGAAAACUACGAGUUGAAGGUGGUGGCAGCUGACCGGGGCAGCCCCAGCCUCCAGGGCACUGCCACUGUCCUUGUCAAUGUGCUGGACUGCAAUGACAAUGACCCCAAGUUUAUGCUGAGUGGCUACAACUUCUCAGUGAUGGAGAACAUGCCAGCAUUAAGUCCAGUGGGCAUGGUGACUGUCAUUGAUGGGGACAAAGGGGAGAACGCCCGGAUAGAGCUCACAGUGGAGCAGGACAACGGUGACUUUGUUAUCCAGAAUGGCACAGGCACCAUCCUCUCCAGCCUGAGCUUCGAUCGGGAGCAACAAAGCACCUACACCUUCCAGCUGAAGGCGGUGGAUGGCGGUGUCCCACCUCGCUCUGCUUACGUUGGUGUCACUAUCAAUGUGCUGGAUGAGAAUGACAAUGCACCCUUUAUUACUGCCCCUUCCAACACCUCCCACCGGCUACUGACCCCCCAGACACGUCUUGGUGAGACAGUCAGCCAGGUGACAGCUGAGGACAUUGACUCCGGUGUCAAUGCUGAGCUGACCUACAGCAUUACUGGUGGCAACCCUUACGGACUCUUCCAGAUUGGGUCACGUUCAGGUGCCAUCACCUUGGAGAAGGAGAUUGAGCGGCGCCACCAUGGGCUGCACCGUCUAGUGGUGAAGGUCAGUGACCGCGGCAAGCCCCCGCGCUACGGCACAGCCUUGGUCCACCUUUAUGUCAAUGAGACCCUGGCCAACCGCACGCUGCUGGAGAACCUAUUGGGCCACAGCCUGGAUACGCCGCUGGACAUCGACAUUGCCGGGGAUCCAGAGUAUGAGCGCUCCAAGCAGCGUGGCAACAUCCUCUUUGGUGUGGUGGCUGGUAUUGUGGCCGUGGCCUUGCUCAUUGCCCUGGCGGUGCUCGUGCGCUAUUGCCGGCAGCGGGAGGCCAAGAGUGGCUACCAGGCUGGUAAGAAGGAGACCAAGGACCUGUACACCCCUAAGCCCAGCGGUAAAGCCUCCAAGGGAAACAAAAGCAAGGGCAAGAAGAGCAAGUCCCCGAAGCCUGUGAAGCCAGUGGAGGAUGAGGACGAGGCCGGGCUGCAGAAGUCCCUCAAGUUCAACCUGAUGAGCGAUGCCCCCGGGGACAGCCCCCGAAUCCACCUGCCCCUCAACUACCCACCAGGCAGCCCUGACUUGGGCCGCCACUACCGCUCUAACUCCCCACUGCCUUCCAUCCAGCUGCAGCCGCAGUCACCCUCAGCCUCCAAGAAGCACCAGGUGGUGCAGGACCUGCCGCCUGCAAACACAUUCGUGGGCACCGGGGACACCACGUCCACGGGCUCUGAGCAGUACUCCGACUACAGCUACCGCACCAAUCCCCCCAAAUACCCCAACAAGCAGUUACCUCACCGCCGCGUCACCUUCUCCGCCACCAGCCAGGCCCAGGAGCUGCAGGACCCGUCCCAGCACAGUUACUACGAUAGUGGUCUGGAGGAGUCUGAGACGCCAUCCAGCAAGUCCUCCUCGGGGCCCCGGCUCGGUCCCCUGGCUCUGCCUGAGGAUCACUAUGAGCGCACCACCCCCGAUGGCAGCAUAGGAGAGAUGGAGCACCCCGAGAACGACCUGCGCCCUUUGCCUGAUGUUGCAAUGACGGGCACAUGUACCCGGGAGUGCAGCGAAUUUGGUCACUCCGACACGUGCUGGAUGCCUGGCCAGUCGUCUCCCAGCCGCCGGACCAAGAGCAGCGCCCUCAAACUCUCCACCUUCGUGCCUUACCAGGACCGAGGAGGGCAGGAGCCUGCGGGCGCUGGCAGCCCCAGCCCACCGGAAGACCGGAACACCAAAACGGCCCCCGUGCGCCUCCUGCCCUCCUACAGUGCCUUCUCCCACAGUAGCCAUGAUCCCUGCAAGGACUCGGCCACCUUGGAGGAAAUCCCCCUGACCCAGACCUCGGACUUCCCACCCGCAGCCACAACAGCACCUGCCCAGACGGCCAAGCGUGAGAUCUACCUGUGAGCCCCCUUCUGGCCGGCGGCCAGCCCCUCAUCCAGCCGCCGGCCAGCUCCCAGAUGGGCCCAUUCCAGGGCCCCACUCCUGCCCCCUCCAGCGUGGACUUCCUGGCCAGGGCCCCAAGUCAGGGGCGGGGGGGCAGUACUGGCCUCAUGACCACGCUGGCCCUUCCCCCAUGCAGGGUCCAGGUCCUCUCCCCUUACUUCAGCCCCCAGCCCCCAGGGAACCCCCUUCUUCCCCUUUAUGGGGCUUCCCCAGCUGAUGCCCAAGAGGGCUCUUCUACAGGGACUAGGCUCCCGUCCCUCGACUUCCAGGGAGCACCCUCACUUUGGGCAGACGGUGGAAUCACGGGUGGGCAACACACUUUUAACUCAUUGUUUCCCGCAUGGCCGACCAGGGCGGGGAUAGGAUGCCCCCAUUCCAGCGCUGAAGCAGGGCUGAACUGGGGAGCCCGUCUCCCUGGGCACUCCCAGAGGAACGCCUGACCACCCGGGGCUCCCUGAAGGGCUUUUGUUACCAA